AUGGCAUAUCUAAAACGAUAUAAUGAUAGAAGUCCUCGUUGUACGACAUUAUUUCUUGAAAAAUUUGCAUUUCGAGAUCAAUAUGGUUUUCUAAAAGAUGCACGACAAGAAAAUAUUGAAGAUUUUACAUCAAUUAAUGCUAUUACAUCAUCUGAUAAUGAUAAAUUGGAUACGGAAUUAGAUAAAAUUAAUACACAACUAGCAGAUAUGUUACGUGGUCUAGAAUUAAGAAAACGUGCUUAUUAUGUUAAUAUGCCGAAUAUUGUAUAUAUUGUUGGUGGUUAUCUAUUUGAUUCAAUUCGAAAAGAACGUCGAGCACCAUCGAAUGAUUGGAAAUGGAAUAUCGAAGAGAAAAAAUUAGAAAAAAUUCCUCCUGUACCAGGUCACGGACGUAUUAAUUUUGGUGUUGCAGCUAAUAAUGGAAAAAUGGUUGUUAUUGGAGGAAAUACAAUAAUAAAUAUACCGACAGAAACUUGCUAUGUAUAUGGACAAACUGAUGAUCAAUGGGAAAUGUUACCAUCCUUACCAAAUCCAUUAUGUGGUCCUGCUGUAACACUUGAUGAUAAAGAUUCAUUGUAUGUUUUUGGUGGAUAUGAUUUACUUUCUGGUCAUGUUCUAUUUCGUAAUGAAUUCUUACAACUUGAAGAUUUAACAUCAAAAAAAUGGACAAUAUUAAAGAAUACAUUUAAUAUUAAUAAUAAAUCUCAAACAAUAUCACCACGAGCACGUGCAUUACUUGUUGCAUGUGGUAAUGAUAUUAUACCACCUGAUGGUGGACUUUUUGCAUGUGGUGGUUAUACGAAAUCAUCAUCUGGUGAAUUAAUACCUGUAGCAGAAAUUUUAUGUUAUGAUAAAUCAACAAAAGAUUGGUCACAUUUAACUGAUAUACCUAAUCUUAAAAAAUUAAAUAUCGUAGCUAUUGAUAAUAAUAUAUUAAUAAUAUCAGAAAAAAUGAAAUCAGAUAAUCCAGAUGAAGAAGAUCAAUUUAUUCCAGUAUCAAAAUAUGAUUUAAUUAAUAGAAAAUGGUUAAUGUUGAAUCAAAAAGAAAUUUCAAAUAUUCCAAUUGAAGAAACAAAAACAGAUUAA